AUGAAGCAUGCCGAAAAGACCGCAAAGACCGUGUAUCAAGCGGACGUGACACGCAUCAAUGGAUUCACAUUGGACCAAUACCUGGAGGAGUUGCAAGCAUUAGUGCUGGAGAAGAAAUGGGUGCACAAGGUGCGCAAGAAGAUCCUGAUAUUGUACCAGGGGGAUCGAGUGUUCAUCAACUGGAAGAUUGAAAUGGAGAACCUCAAUGCAAUUCUCAAGACGAUGGCACCAAAAGAAUAUGCAUUUAUAAGUGAUGCACUCAAGAUUCAAUUGGAGUCGCACCUUAAUCCGGAGCUGCAAGAAUCACUGGGUUUUGAGCCCAUACUGGCAACUAAUCUUGCAUCAAGGACCAAGAUGACCGAUUACAAGAAGAACAUGCAAGGACUCAAUGCUAAAUCGACGCAAGCUACACACAACGUGCCCUGGCUCGCAAAUUGGAGAAAAAAUCUCUCCUUGAGCGGCUGUCUAAUGCACCUACCGUUACAUCUCGUUACAUCGCCAUCAAAGGCAAGAGCACAACAAUCUUUGGAUAUUCCAAAGAUUAUAUAUCCGCCAAAAAUCACUGCCGCCAAACACGCCAUUCUUGACAAGCAUUUUGGGUGUACCAAAUGCUGUCAUCUCUAUGUGGAUCAUCACUCCAAUUCGUGCCCCAAUGGCUGGGCAUCGGGAGUGGAUUACAAACCACUGACUGAAGCGAUGGCGCGUGAGGCUGAACAUAAAUUCACUGAAGCUGGAAAAGACAAGAAGUCUCUGAGGCCCGUUGGACAGAUCAAUGCAAGAAUUUUGGCAUCAUCGUCCACACAUGUCAUACACAAUGAAGAAACUGACUCAGACUUGUACAUUCCCACGUCUAUGACUGUACCUCAUCUUUUUCCUAUCAUGGAAAUUGAUGGGCUGGUAUCAUAUCCCAAUCCUGAUUGGAGAUGA